GCGGCGGCGGCGAGGCCGAGCCACUCUGCGGGGGAAGAAGGCGCGGGUCCCCGGCCUGAGGAGACGCUGAAAAAGCGGAGUCCGGAGAAGACUCCUUCCUGCAGAGGAAGAUGCCGAGUACCGACCUUCUGAAGUUGAAGGACUUUGAGCCUUACUUGGAGAUUUUGGAAGCAUAUUCCACAAAAGCCAAGAAUUAUGUGAACGGGUAUUGCACCAAAUACGAGCCCUGGCAGCUAAUUGCGUGGAGUGUCCUGUGUACUCUGCUGAUAGUCUGGGUGUAUGAGCUUAUCUUCCAGCCAGAGAGUUUGUGGUCACGGUUUAAAAAAAAAUUAUUUAAGCUAAUAAGGAAGAUGCCAUUUAUUGGACGCAAGAUCGAAGAACAUUUGAAUAAGGCCAAGAAGGACGUCAUCAAGAACAUGCCAUUCCUGAAGGUGGACAAAGAGUAUGUGAAAGCUCUACCUGCUCAGGGUCUGAGCACAUCUGAGGUUCUGGAGAGACUCAAGGAGUACAGUUCCAUGGAUACCGUCUGGCAAGAAGGGAAAGCCUCAGGAGCUGUGUACAGUGGGGAGCCGAAACUCACAGAGCUGCUGGUGCAGGCUUAUGGAGAGUUCGCGUGGAGCAAUCCACUGCAUCCAGAUAUCUUCCCCGGCCUACGGAAGUUAGAGGCAGAAAUUGUAAGGAUGACUUGUUCCCUCUUCAAUGGGGGACCAGAUUCCUGUGGAUGUAUGACUUCUGGGGGCACAGAAAGCAUCCUGAUGGCUUGCAAAGCUUAUCGAGACUUGGCCUUAGAGAAGGGGAUCAAAACUCCAGAAAUUGUGGCUCCUCAGAGUGCCCAUGCCGCAUUUGACAAAGCAGCUCAUUAUUUUGGAAUGAAGAUUGUACGUGUCGCACAGAACAAGAACAUGGAGGUGGAUGUGCGGGCAAUGAGAAGCGCCAUCUCCAGGAACACAGCUAUGCUGGUCUGUUCUGCCCCACAGUAUCCUCAUGGCGUGAUAGAUCCUAUCCCUGAAGUGGCCAAGCUGGCUGUCAAAUAUAAAAUCCCCCUUCAUGUGGAUGCUUGUCUUGGAGGCUUCCUCAUUGUCUUCAUGGAGAAAGCAGGGUACCCGCUGAAGAAACAGUUUGAUUUUCGGGUGAAAGGUGUGACCAGCAUUUCAGCAGAUACUCAUAAGUACGGCUAUGCUCCCAAAGGUUCAUCAGUGCUGUUGUACUCUGACGAGAAGUACCGGAGGUACCAGUUCUUUGUUGGUGCAGACUGGCAAGGUGGCAUCUACGCCUCUCCAUGCAUAGCUGGCUCGCGGCCUGGUGGCAUCAUUGCAGCCUGUUGGGCCGCCUUGAUGCACUUCGGUGAGAACGGCUAUGUGGAAGCUACCAAGCAGAUCAUCAAAACUGCUCGCUACCUCAAGUCAGAACUGGAAACCAUCAAAAGCAUCUUCAUUUUUGGGGAUCCUCAAUUGUCAGUUAUUGCUCUGGGCUCCCACGAUUUUGACAUCUACCGACUAUCUAAUAUGAUGGCUGCUAAGGGGUGGAAUUUUAAUUACUUGCAGUUCCCAAAAAGCAUCCACUUCUGCAUUACGUUAGUGCACACUCGGAAGCGAGUGGCAACCCAGUUCCUGAAGGACAUCCGGGACUCGAUCACACAGAUCAUGAAGAAUCCUAAAGCGAAGACCACAGGAAUGGGUGCCAUCUAUGGCAUGGCCCAGGCAACUGUUGACAGGAACCUGGUUGCAGAAAUAUCCUCCGUCUUCUUGGACAGCAUUUACAGUACGGACCCUGUGACUCAGGGCAGCCAGAUGAACGGUUCUCCAAAGCCCCGCUGAACUUGGACCCUUGUUAGUUCCAUGGAGCUUUAGGCCUUCAGAAGGUUCCUGGCAUUUGGAACAGACCACACACAACUUGACGUCUGGACCUGCUCCUUAGAGCACAAAUACGAUAAACCAUAAGAUAGCUUCAGCCUCAGGACUCCUUUUGUUUCCUUUUGUGGCUUUGAAUGUGAAGACCCUGAAGGAUUCCACUGCGUAAUGAGUCUGCCCUGGUUAUAAAUGUUACCCUAGGAAUUGUUUUAACCGGAUUCUUCUCUAACGUCUUUAGCAUCAUCUUCCCUUAAUCAUCGUGCGGUGGCUCUGAUCUGUCCUGAUUGCUUAGGGAAAGGGUGAGAUAGCAAGAGGGUGUCUUUGCUACCUCAGCCGAGUGUUUUGGCUGUCAGGCAGGAGGCAUUUAUGUACUGUGUUCCCCAGGUGGGUGUUGCUGUGUCCCAAGCAGGAGGUGAACUCAGCCUCUGCUUCAGGAGAUGUCACUUGUCUCUCAGGACCGCUUGCUUCCAUGGCAGCCUGUUUUACUUUCCCCAGCACAGGCGGGCCAGGUCAUUGGACUCUCUUGUGCAUAAGUGGAGCCUGUUCCCUUAGCAGGCUUUGAAGUGCUCCUUUGUCUUCUGUGCACGACCAUGGUUGCUGCCGCCGUCUUUGGAGAAGCCUGUUGGCAGUGAUACUCCCUUUGUUGGUUCUUAUCUCUGUAGGGUAGGAAAAGAACAUGUUUUCAGAGAAUCUCGGGCUUUCCGGCUGCGGUGCCGCCUCUCUGGAGUAGGGUAGAUCAUGCCUGAGCCCUCUCCUGGGCCUGAUGAGCCGAAACCAGACCCUUCCCCAUGUUUUCUUGACUAGCAGUGUAGGUCAGCACCUAUGCACCCAUGUGGGCAGUGGUCCUCCCCUUCCACAUUGCCUUAAUCUAUCAUGUAAUGAGAAUCUGUUUUGAUUGAAGGAAGCACUCCCCAAGUGCCCUUGACUUUCCUCAGUGAGUGUGAAGAUGUGCAGGGGACACUUCCUCCAUCAGUGUGUUCUUCCUGCCCUUCCCCCCUUACUCAGCUUCCAAAGGUACGAUGGCAUUUGAGCUUCAGGUACUGGAUGUUCCUCAGCCCCCGCUAAAAGGAAGCAGCAUAGGACAAGAGAGGUGUUUCGGUAGAAAGGCAUGGCUGCAGCCAUUACACCUGGGGCCUGGGGUUCCUUCCUAAGACCGAUUGCUCAGGGUGAUGCAGGGACAGGACCAAGCCCUGUGCCAACUUGCUUCUCCCUUCCAGGGAUGGGGCCUGUGAUGUCGGCUGAGCCCCUGUCCUGCUCUGAUGAUCAUACCCAUGUGCCUUUCUCCCCAGCAGUGAGUAGUAAACUUACUCCUCACCCAGGCCCUGGCAGAAAUGGACCAGUCUUUGGGGUGUGUCUGUGUUCAGGACAAGUCAGCAGGAGCCUUGCUCUGUUCCCUCCCCUUCUCAGGGAUUCCUGAGUAUUCAGCCUGAGUAUUGCUGGCUGCGAGAGUCAAAACCACCAGGCUCUUUCUCCCCCUCCUUGGGAAGUGUUCCUCAGCACUGUUCUGACCCCAUGACUGUUAGUAGCUGGCUCGUUGCAGGGCAAGUGUGUAUUUCCACUUCCAUUUCUGUGUGCUCUGCAGUGCGCUGUGGGGUCCAGGGAUGGUUGGUGUUCUGAUGUGUCAGAAAGAGACUUCCAGUGGUUAGAGCUUUGCAGGACUCACGUCUGGGCCUACAGUGUGUCAUGCUGGAGAGGACCAGGGACCACCCAGCAGGCACCACUGGCUUGCCAGAGGCUAAAAUGGAGAAGCAGGUCCUCUUAGUCUCAGAGGAACCAGGAAUGGAUCCACCUCCCUCCUUUGUGACAGCACUGGUGUGGGGUGAUGGUGUUUUUCAGAGGGACCUGCUGUAGCCACUUUAUGAUUAGAAACUUUAGUGUGACUCCAGGCUUCCUUUCACUGUGUGUGUGUCUUUGUGUGUGCAUGCCGUGUUAGCUGGUGUUGGGUGGGUAGGAUGUCUAGUAUCAUGUGGCUUAGGUACCACAGUAGCUUCUGCAAACACUGUACUGUCUUGUUUCUGUAUUAGACGUAGGUAGUACUGUGAAUAUACUGCCAUGUCACUUUUAAUAUUACCAGUUUUAUACUUGGAAAAUGGUACUUGCCUCUUUGAAAACUCUGUUGUCUUCUCUAACCUCCCAUCAUCUCCAUGCCCUUUCCUGACUGCAGCAAUAACUCUUAAAAAGCAAUUGAAUCAUUAAAUAUCCCAAACUGUAA